UACCCUAAUGGGAGUAGAAGAAGACGACUCCGGAAGCACUGUUGCUUACGGCCAUGUUCUAAUAAUACAUCCAUGCCUGCAGCUAAAUUGUUAGUUUGUUGUGCCGGGUAAAGUGUAUGUGCAGGUGCUGUGGAAGCUACAAAAUGCUCACAAGGUCUUGAAGAAAGACCUUAUCGGCCCAUCAUGUCUAAAAUGCAGGUGUUGAGGACGCUGGUGGCCGAGAGACUGGCAGCAGCUGCGGACGAGAUAUUCAGCGCUGUCGACAGGAUGAUAACAGAGAAGAAGAUGCUGCACACGUCAGAAAUGUCACCUGAGCAGCAAAGGGCAGUUGUACACAAGCGGCUGUCGGUGGUUGCUGACGAGAUAUUUAGGAUCCUGGAGAUGAUGAUGGGUGAAUAUGAGGCAGAAGUCUCCAGCUCCCACGAGGAGAUCCAACGUCAACGGCAACUGCUGGACAUCACGUUGAAAACGGAGACAAAUUUACAGAGAAAAGACAGACUGCCACUCUCUGGAUCGGACUGUGGAAAGGACAUUUCUUGUGAGCCGAGCAGCAGCUCCAGUCAGGUCCAGAAAACAUCAAAUCUACCGCAGAUUAAAGACGCGUCUACGGAGACGGACUCCGAGUUUAUCUACGGUAAGCCCUCACAUCUCCACCAAACACAAAGAGCAGAAAAGGGCACCUCAACUGUGAUAGAAACAGAGACACGAGGAGAGCAGUGUGGGCUGCCACCUAGCGACCAGGAUGUUCUGUCAUCAAAAAGUUCAGAAGCUGGGAGUGAAGAUAAUGAUAGUAAUAAAGAGCUAAAUGAGAAACCCCUCAAAUCCAAAAAAAGAAAAACUUUUCAGAGACUGAGACAAAGUCAGGGUGCAGAUUGUUGCGAAACGUGUGGAAGGUCUUUCCGCAAAGGUGUUGCUGGGAAGAAAAUCAAAAUUGCUACAACAAACAAGAGCCAAACUACAGGACAGAGUUGUUGCAGAGUGUGUGGAAAGUUCUUCCGGUACAAACGUUCUUUUCUGAAACAUGUACUUAAGCACGAACAGAGCUCAGAUCUGUGUGGAGCCUGUGGAAAACAUCUGGACUCCGACGAGAGCUUGAAGGUGCAUUUACAAACCCACAACGAAGAAAACAGCUUCAGGGAUCAAACGGAUGACAGACAGUCAGAGGCGGAGUGCUCUGACGGCGAGAGUAAAGCGGGUGACAGUGAUGAGGACUGGAAGGACAGUGAAGGAACUGAAAGCGACGAUGGAGACAGCGAUAAAGAUGAGACCAAAGAACGACCUUGUUUACAAAAGCCAGAGUCCAAAACAAAAAUUCAAGGAUCAAACAAACCUAAGGGGCCGAAAAAUAAGGAUUACAAGGAUUUAUCCCAUCUGAAAUACUGCUGUAAAGUGUGUGGCAAGUCUUUCUGCUACAGAGCCUCUUUUUUGAAGCACGUGCAAGAAGACGAGAUGGAUACAGAUCUUUGUGGCGUGUGUGGGAAACAUUUCGAGUCUGAGGAGAGCUUGAAGCUUCACUUGCAAACUUACGUCAGAACGAAUGACUGUGAAGUUUGUGGCAAACACUUUGACGGCCAUAAACAACUGGAGAUGCACAUGAGAACCCACACAGGAGAGAAGCCGUACAUCUGCACCGUCUGCGGCAAAGCGUUUGCUCAAAAUGGAAAUCUAAUGGGACACAUGAGAGUUCACACAGGGGAGAGGCCGUAUGUUUGCAGUGUGUGCGGUCAGAGCUUUAGCUUUAAAGAAUACAUGAUGUCUCAUAUGAGAAUCCACACGGGGGAGAAGCCGUUUCUUUGCAGCGUCUGCGGAAAAGGAUUCAGACAGAGGGGAACGCUAAAAACGCACAUGAUGAUCCACACAGGAGAGUCCACACACCGAUGCAGCAUAUGUGACAAAAAGUUCUACAAGAGUGGAGCGUUGAAGAUCCACAUGAGGUCCCACACUGGAGAGAAGCCAUACCUGUGUAACGUUUGUGGGAAAAGCUUCACCGCGAGCGGCUCGCUGACCAAACACAUGGGCGUCCACGAAGGGGAGCGGACACACUGCUGCAGCGUCUGCGGUAAAGGAUUCUUGAGGAAAGAGGAUCUGAAAAGACACGGUCAGACUCAUGAGGACGAAUCCACACAGCUGACAAGUCUUUAAUGCUGAGUCUAGGUGCUGCCUGUUAAAGGAAUAGUUCAGCAUUUUAGGAAAUACGCUAAUUUGCUUUCUUUCCGUCAGUGAGAUGAGAAGUGAAGUUCCAGCUUCUCAGUAGUGAGCAGUUGCUGUUUUUCUCUUAUGUGAUUAGUAAAUAAAUACAUUUUUUAUAUAUAUAUUUUUUUAUAAACCAAACAAUUAAUCAUUUCAUCGAGAAAAUAAUUGUCAGUUUAAUCGAUAAUGAAAAUAACUGUUAGUUGCAUGUCUUUGUGUUAAAUGCAGAGCUGGGUUAAGGACGUGGUUAGCUUAGCUUAGCAUAAAGACUGGAAGCUCUGCUCUGUCUAAAGUUAAAUAAACCUCUAAAUCUUAUUUACAUGACUGACGGAAAGAAAGCAAAUAUUUUCCUAAAUGUUGAACUAUUCCUUUAAAUGAUGCAUUAUACAAUUUUACACCUCAAAAGGGAAAGUGCUGACAAGGCUAGUUUGACAUGUAUUUUUACUUGUUAUAUACUGUACACACACUGUCUCACGUUUCAUUCAUUUAUAAAAAGAUUAAUCACAAUACUAUGUCCUGAUAUAUUCAAUAUAAACAUGCCUGAAGACUUACUUUGCUAACUCACAUGUAUCACACAACUUGAACAAGUCUUCGUACAUCGUGCCUUCUUAAGAUUUUCGGCUAGCUUGAGAACCAGACAAAUCUGCGAGCUCAUGUUUCGUUUGCUCUGGCAGGUACGUCCGGCCCCCCUCCCAUUCAGACCGAUUUACACCCAUCCUGGAUCUGGUCGGGCCAAUCCCAACCGUUAAUCUAAUAUGGGGCGGGUUUGAUACGAUGACUAACAGAGGAGUGUCGUUGAGACAUUUUUGUAAACAACCAAGAUGGCUGCCGCUGAUGUGGGAAGUUCUGUGGCAUUUUUAAUAAACAUUUUCUACAGAUUUGACAUGAAUGCACUGAAGCUGGGUCAGGUAUUGCAUAUUUAAAUGAGAUGCUUUGUUAUAGCCUUGUGCUUUUAAAUCUUUGUCAUUGGACACUUAUCAAAUUAACUUGUAUCCCAACAUCUAUUCAAGCAAAGUUGGCAAAGGUUUUAUUGGCAACAUUUAACUGAGGCCUUAUAUCUAAGCACAAGAUUUUCUGAAUAUUCAGAAAAUGCCCAAUUUAAUUGUUGUAUGAUGACCAGGGAUUCAAAAAGUAAUCAUAUUGCUGAAUUUGUGUCAACGAAGUACAAAUUUAAUUUUAAAAAAGUCACUUAAGUCACUAAGUUAUUGGAAGAAAGAUUAAUGAAACUCUUUAAGGGAAUCUGUUGAGAGCACUAUCACCUCUCUUGUUUCUGCAGCUGCCUUUGUGGUUUUCUCUCUUUUAAAAAAAAAGUUUUUAUAAAGGAGCCUUCAGUGGUAACUAAUCAAUCCGAUCUCAGCAAGAUGUUAAUGAAGAAAAAAAUCCUCAACGGUAUGUUGUUGUUUUUUACUUUAUCCUGUAUAUCAUCAGUCUGAUGUUCAGAGAAUCACCAGAGUUUAUUUUGUGUGAUUUACUUUGCACAUGUUUAGUCUGAGAAGAAACUUUUGCUCAAACCAAAAUGACAUUUACAGUUUUAGAUCAUCUCUUUUUUUUUUUCCUGCCUCUGAACUUCACCGCGCCUGGGCUGUAAAUAUCACAUCAUCGAUACUUAGAGAGUUAUUAACAAAAAUCACACCAAUAAACAAACAGACCCAGAAACGCUAAAAGCUUUAACACUAUUUAAAGAGCCAGUUAUAAAUCACAGAGGGCAUUUUUUUCCCUACAAAGAUGUUGCUUUUAAUGAUGUGUAUUGUAUAUUAUAUCAGAUCAGAUAUUACCAGUCGUAUGUAUUUGAUAGAUAAACUGAAGUAACGUGCAUGUGUCCUAGCCUGAUCACUUACCAAAAUAGUUCGACUCGAAGAUUCUGUUUUUUAUUUUAAAAGUAGAGAUUGUCUCAGUGGAGAGAUGUUACACAAAAUUAUGUGUAAACCAAUACCAAAUAUUUUGGUAUUGGUAUAUUUAACGCCAGUGUUUUUAAUUGUUUCCCUUCACUUAUAAAAAGGAAAUAUAAAAAAAACAGCUUUUUAUAAUUUUACAGUUCAAAUUUUUGUUAUAUUAAUUUCACAGCUUGUCUUUUAUUUCCAAAGUCACAUAAAAUGGUGCUACAGUAUUUUGUUUUAAUCAUCAAUAAAUUUAGGAAAUCUG